UCAACGCCAAGAACUUCUAAACUCGAUUUAUUAUCAAGGGAAGUGCCUUAAAAAUGAAAAGAUUAGACAAAUAGCAUCUUUUUUAUGGUAAACGAUCAGAGUUAUGUCUUCUUAGGGUUGAAUUGGACAAGAUUGUGUUCGCCCCAUAUUAAAACUUGAUAGAGUGAAGUUUUGAUUUUAGACACAAGUCUAUUCCGGCACUUAUUGGUAUGUACCCGUGUGUUGUUUGCAAGACCGGUAUAUUAUGCAUCCCCUGUACUGUCAUCCGUAUCAUCAACAUUUCAUUAUCUGACCACUGCUGUACAUAGGCCUCCCCCAUAGAUCGCUAUAAGGAACUGUUCUGAGCCGCCUGCAUCCACUGUCUCCCUGCAAUGUAUUUAAGGUCAUUACUUCAUCUAGUGGGUAGUCGUUCUAAAUUGCUCAUAAGAGGUUGCCACUCAAGAAUCUUUCUUCCCCGUCGGUUGUCGGUUCUUUGAGCUAUGUGACUAGCCCAUUGCUACUUCAGCUUGCUUAUCCUUAGAGCUAUUACGGUUAUUUUCAUUCUUUUGCGGAUUCGUUUCUUGAAGCAUAGCCCUUUCCAUAGCCCGUUGAGUAACUUGAAGCUUUUGCAUACGGGUAAUCGUGUAGUUAUCACUGUCAACAGCAUGUCUUCAAACUUUGAGAUAUUUUGGAUGAAAGAUUUAUCGAAUGCUGCCCAGCCGAAUUGGAUUCGUCGGUUUACCUUUCGGUCGAGUUGGACUUACCUAUUCGGAUAACUUGUCCCAAGUAUACAUACUUGUCGGUAUCUUCGAACGUAGUGUUCUCAAUCGUAACUAGUAUAGGUGUGACAUGGACUUUAGACAUGAUUUUAGUCUUGUCCAUGUUUAUCUUAAGUCUACCUGUUGAGAGAUACUACUAAGGUUAUUAAGCAUAGUAUUCAGAUCUUCCAGGGAUUUUUGUGCUAGGUAAAAAUGGUAUGGUAACCCUGCCUGCGCUAACGGGAUACGCUGGCGGAGCACCAGUGAAGGGUGAUAGAUGAGAAUAAAAACAGGCCAGUUAGCCCAUCAUGAUGAAUUCAUCAGGAAUCAACCAUGAUAGUUUCCAGGGAGAACUGCGAGGAGGUCGACCUGGUUGGGUAUAUUGCUAGCAAUAGGAUUCUCAGUUUCCAUUGCUAACAAUCCCUUUCCCCCCUCUUCCAGGGAUUCCGCUAUGAUUACUAUGUCAUCGGCAAAUCAAAGAUGAGUGAUGUAUUCGCUAUUAAUGUUCAUACUAUAUCUUAUGCAGAUCAAGAGUUUGAUAAUAUUUUCCAAUGCAGCUGUGAAGAGUUUUGGGGAUAUAACAUCACUCUGUCUUUUUGACAGAUAUUCGACAGCUUGAUCGAUAUAUCUGGUGACCAAAGGGCUAGCGCGUACUUUUACCACGGUACAAAUUACUAGUAAACAUGACCCACAAUCUUAAAUCGUCAAGAUGUAUUUUAAAAAUAGUUGUUAUGUCUUUUUGUAACAAAAUAAAACUAAUAUAUUGUUUCAAUAUCUAUUUAUUAUUAUAAAAAUUGCAUUUAAAUUCAAUAUAAAUAUUUCUGCAGGUUAAUCACAAAAUUGUCGCAACUAAUAUCAAUUAAUAUUUUCAAUUAAAUGUAGAAAAAAAAGUAAAAAUAUUUUCGAUUUAAAUCUGUAAUUUUCCUGAUAUUUCAUGUCAUUUUACCAUGUUUUCAAAAAUUCUUAGUUUAUAUGAGAACUUUUAUUUAAAGGUCUGCUGCUCCUCUCCCAGCUACGGCCAUGCAUGACUUCAUUAGUUACAUUUACUAUAGUUAACCUAUUGAACUAGGCGAUGAUUAAGUAGUACAUUGGCACUACGAUUAUUUUGUUUAUUGCAUUAUACUAUAUUUAAAUAAAUAGUGGAUAAGAUUAUGGGCUUAGAUAAUACAAAAUACAGUAAGCUAUUAAAAGAAUUUUGACUGUAUUAAAAUUUAUUAAAAGUAUUUAACUAUGUUAAAUGCAAUGUAAACGAUCCACUAUUAAAUGAACGGAUGUGUAGAAAAAGUCGUGGAUAGUGGGCUGUAUAUUUGGCGCUAUAUAUUUAUAAAAAUACCAAAUAAUGACAGCGUAUAUUCGAUGCUUAUAGUAUAUACGAAGAGAGGAAAAGAGAUCGUGGCACAGAGCUGCCAUAAAUGGGAGAAAAACAUAAAAACAUUGUUAUUUAAUAAAAUUUUUGGAUUACCAACACGACGGUCUCAAAUGUGUUGUAAAGACUGGAUACUAGUAGAUUAGGACAGCUUCUUAUGAUAGUCUAUAGAUGUCUGUAUAUUCAGCAAGACAGAUUCCACAGUCAUAAGGAUAGGACAGGAGGAGAAGCUUUCGAUUAGGAACUACGCUGUCACGUAAAUACACAGAUACAUUUAUUAAACUUGUAAGUUCUUAUUUGUUUGUUUGAGUCGGCAUUUAAAAAGAAAAUUUGUGUUGGGAAAGUCAUGUAUUCGUUUUAAAUUUUUCAAUAAAUAUUUUAUUGCUAAGAUUAAGUGCAUUAAAAAGGUAUGAAGUGCGACAAAAUUAUUUGCUUUACUUAUCCAUAUAUCCUGAAGGUUGCAUUGUUACAUUAUCGCCAUGAUCUCAUUGACCCCGAGUCACCGAUAUUGACACUGAGUUUACCUACACUUCAGUUGUCGACUUUAAAAGACUCGAGCGAACAAAUUAUAAUUACACCGCCGCGUAUACGCUAACGCAAUAGGUGCAUUACAUUUAUAUUGUUUUAAUUGUGGUCACAGACGUUUGUAUAUGUUAAAAUGCUGUUGUAUUUGAUUGCUGGAGUAUUGGUGGUGUGGACGGUGGUGUACAAGUAUAGAAGAUGGAAUUUGUACAAAUUAGCUUCAAUGAUCCCGGCGCCCACAAACGAGUGGCCGAUGAUAGGUGUAGCGCACACGCUGUCUGGAAGCACCGAGGAUAUAAUGGCAUCGUUACAGAAGAUCAGUUACGAGGCAAUGGAUAAUGAUGGAAUGAUAAAAGUCUGGUUGGGUCAUAUACUUUACUUUGUGGUGGUAAAUCCAUUGGACUUGGAUGUUUUGAUGAAAACUUGUUUAGAGAAAGAUGAUUUACACCGUUUUAUCAGAAAGAUAAUUGGGAAUGGAACUGUAUUUGCUCCAGUGUCGAUUUGGAGAAAACGACGCAAAGUCUUGGUGCCAGCUUUUAGUCCAAAGAUUGUGGAGAGCUUCGUGGAUGUGUUUUCAGAACAGAGUGUCAAAUUGACCAAACAGCUGGAAAAGCAAGUCGACAAAGGUCCAUUUAGUUUAUGGCCUUUUGUAAGCACCUACACCCUUGAUUCAGUUUGUGAAACGGCGAUGGGUGUUAAAAUGAAUGCUCAGGAAAAUCCAGAUUCUCCAUUUUUGAUUUGUUUGAAUCGCAUAUUAAAUUUGGUGUGUAAAAGAAUAUUCCACUUGUGGCUUCAGCCUGAAUGGUUAUUUAAACUGUUCCCACAGUAUAUCGAGCAUCAAAAGUGUUUAAAUGAAAUGCAUGAAUUCGUUGAUAAGGUAAUAAAGAUGAAACGGGCUGAUAUGAAGACUGAAAGUAAGUCUAAACCUGAGACAGAUAAAGUAUAUGAUUUAGGGCAAUACAAAAUGCAAUCGUUCCUCGAUUUAUUAGUGACACUUUCUGGCGGCAACACUGGCGGCGGUUACACUGACAUAGAGCUCAGGGAAGAAGUUCUUACAUUAACUAUAGCGGGGACCGACACAUCAGCGGUUGCUAUUGGAUAUGUCUUCAAGCUUCUGGCCAAAUACCCUGACGUACAAGAGAAAGUUUAUCAAGAGUUGUGUAAAGUAUUUGGCGACUCCAAUCGUCCUGUGAUCAAAGAAGAUUUACCCAAAUUAAAAUAUUUAGAAAGAGUUGUUAAGGAAACACUUCGACUUUUUCUACCUGUACCCUUUGUUAUAAGAAAAGUGCUGAAUGACAUCGCUUUACCCUCAGGUCGAGUCCUUCCUGCUGGUUCGGGUGUCGGCGUCUCUAUCUGGGGAGUCCAUCGCGAUCCCCACUAUUGGGGUCCAGAUGCGGAGCACUUCGACCCCGAUAGAUUUCUUCCGGAGCGGUUUAAUCUUGCGCACACUUGUAGCUACAUGCCUUUCAGCAGUGGACCGAGAAAUUGUCCAGGAUAUCAAUAUGCCCUCAUGUCUAUGAAGACCGCGUUGUCGACCAUCCUCAGAUCUUACAAGGUGGUGGGAGAGCAGGAGCCUACUACUAUUCCUCACAUUCGAGUCAAGAUAGAUAUUAUGAUGAAGGACGCCGACGGAUAUUGUGUAGCUUUGGAGAGACGAAUGCCAACGUUCACAAAGAAAAAAUAAACAUCCUCGGACUUAUUACACAGCGUUAUUUACUUGCAAUCUACUUGUACUUGUACUAUAUCUAUAGUAUAUAUACUAAACAACU